CACAGAGACGCCUUUUGAGGCAUGUUGGUCGGUUGGAUUUGGAAUGUGACGGUGUUGACUUCACAGUAGUGUACUUUGACAAAAUUGGUGUCUUGCAGCACCGUGAUUGACAUCAGAGAGUGAUCUGCACGGAAUGAGUGAAAAGCCUUCCCUGGGGCAGCAGAUCGCCACCUGAGACUUGACAUAUAAGCUUGAGGAGAUGGCUUCCAUCAGUUUCAAUUGCUCCAGUGUCAUAAUAAACAUAUCAGCAUUCUCAACAACCUUCCUUGAUCGUCUCAAUCAUUCAAAAUGUACUUCUCUAAAGCUGCUCUUGUUGUCGCCGGUGCUGGCCUCGUCUCUGCCGCUCCCGUCGAGAAGCGUGCUGAGAUCACUGAUGCCGAUAUCCUCAACUAUGCUUUGACUUUGGAGCACCUUGAGGACACCUUCUACCGUGAAGGUUUGGCCAAGUACACUGAAGCGGACUUCGCUGCCGCUGGAUUCGACGCCACUUUCUACUCAAACUUGAAGGAAGUUGCCAGCGAUGAGAAAUCUCACGUUGACUUCCUGACCUCUGGUCUGACAGCCGCCGGCGCCGUCCCCGUCGCUGAGUGCACAUACGACUUCGGCUACACGGACGUGGCCAGCUUCCUGGCCACCGCCUCUAUCCUUGAGGGCGUUGGUGUUUCUGCCUACCUCGGCGCCGCCGCCGAUAUCAUGUCCAAGGCGUACCUGACGGCCGCCGGUUCGAUCCUGACCGUCGAGGCGCGCCACUCGGCCUACCUGCGCUCCAAGCUCAACAAGGCGCCCUUCCCCCAGCCCUUCGACGCACCUCUCACAUACGACGAGGUCUACUCGCUCGCGAGCCCCUUCAUCACGUCCUGUCCCUCGAGCAACCCAGCCCUCCCCGUCAAGGCCUUCCCGGCUCUGGCCCUAGGCACCACCGGCACCAUCGAGACUGGCAGCACCGUCACCCUUCUGACCACUGGCUACAGCGUCACUGGUGGUCCGGUCUACGCCGCGUUCAUCGCCGUCACUGGCCCGACUUUCGUCGAAGCUACUCCCGUCGAUGGUGGCUUCUCUGUCGAGAUUCCCGAGGGCUUCAAGGGUCAGACUUAUGCCGUCCUCACCGGAUGCAACGAGGGUGUGUCUGAUGAAACUGUUGUCGCUGGCCCUGCUUUGAUCGAGAUUUCCUAA